AUGAGAGUCGUUAGUGAAACUAAGUAUUAUUAAGUCUUAGCUAAACUCUAUGAAAAAUGUGCUUCUUUAUCAGCAUAAUUAGAUAUUUAUUAAUUUGAUUCUAACAAAACUCAAUCAUAUUAAUCAUCAGAUAAUAUUCAAUAAACAAUACAACCAACAAUCUAAAACUAAUUUAAAUCAAACUAUAUUCCAAAUACAAUCAUUAAAUUAGAAGAAUAAUAAUCUAAAUAAAAAUACCAAUAUUUGACAAAAAAUAAAAAGCCUAUUUCACAAAAUAAUAAUGCAAAUUCCAAAAAAAUUAUCAAAAAAACAAAAAAACCUAAAACCUAUGAUUUUAAUUCCUCAUCUUCUUAAACAUCAUCUUCUAAUAAUUGA